UUUCAGUCUGCUCCGUUGUCAUUGUUCAGAGUUCAAUACCGAAGGUGAACACCAUCCUCUUCUUUAUCUCAGAUAAGACCAUUCUUCCAAAUCAGCAUCGUCUCUUUCCUCCCGUAGUUUUGCAGAGUCGUCAUCCUGGAUCUUUUUUCGAAAGUUAAAAAUACACUAUGUCCGGAGUUCGCAAAAGGAAAAAAUUCGAGUAGAGUUCCCGCAGUUCAUGAGAAUAAUAAAAUGGAAUCGAAUUCUACAGGCGGUUGUCCUGUUUUAAACAACAGGAAACCGGUGCGGUUGAAGAAUGUAUCCUCCAAAGCCGAAGCUUUCGACUCUCUGCAGACUGUAUCAGUAUGUGGGGAUACACCAUGUACAACCGCUUGCUGCUUAGGAAGUUGUAUGGCAUUGCCCAGUAGAACUUCUGCCAGGAAUACUGAGGAAAUAUUGAUCGACGCUAAGGACUUCCUCGACCAAUACUUCACUUCAAUAAGAAGGCUGAACAGCACUGCUCACAAGGCGCGUUGGGAACAGGUCCAGACAGAGGUGAAAGCCGGGGGAACUUAUCAGCUGACUGAAACUGAACUGAUUUAUGGGGCGAAAUUGGCGUGGAGGAAUGCCACGAGAUGUAUAGGCAGAAUACAAUGGUCCAAACUACAAGUAUUCGACUGUCGAUAUGUGACUACAACCAGUGGAAUGUUUGAAGCAUUAUGCAAUCAUAUCAAAUACAGCACCAAUAAGGGAAACAUAAGGUCCGCAAUAACAAUUUUUCCUCAGCGCACCGAUGGAAAACACGACUUCCGGGUGUGGAACGCUCAGCUUUUUGGAUACGCCGGUUACAAACAGCCUGAUGGAUCCAUUCUUGGCGACCCUAUGAAUGUGGAGUUCACCGAAGUGUGCUUGAAACUGGGCUGGAAGGGCCCUGGGACCAAAUGGGACAUUCUUCCCUUGCUACUUUCUGCCAAUGGUCAUGAUCCCGAUUAUUUUGACAUUCCUCCAGAACUGAUCCUUGACGUUCCAAUUGUGCAUCCGACUUAUGAGUGGUUCGAGGAAUUGGGUAUUAAAUGGUAUACUUUACCGGCAGUGGCUAACAUGAUGUUUGAUUGUGGAGGUGUGCAAUUCACAGCAGCCCCAUUCAAUGGAUGGUACAUGAGCACUGAGAUUGGCUGCAGAAAUAUAUGUGAUCCUCAUAGAAUGAAUAUGCUUGAGGCAGUUGCUUUGAGGAUGGGCCUCGACACCAGAACACCAGUUUCUUUGUGGAAGGAUAAAGCCAUGAUCGAGUGUAACGUAGCAGUUCUUCACAGCUUCCAACUCAAAGGAGUUACCAUAGUGGACCAUCACACCGCUUCAGAAUCUUUCAUGAAGCAUCUCGAUAAUGAGAAUAGGCUAAGAAAUGGAUGCCCAUCUGACUGGGUCUGGAUUGUACCACCGCUUUCAGGAUCUGCGACACCUGUCUUUCAUCAGGAGAUGGCACUGUACUAUCUGAAACCUUCCUAUGAAUACCAAGAGCCUGCCUGGAAGAGCCAUAUUUGGAAAAAAGGAAGAGGAGAAAAUAGAACUAGAAAACCCAGAAGAAAGUUCCAUUUUAAACAGAUCGCGAGGGCUGUUAAAUUCACCUCCAAACUGUUCGGCAAAGCUCUGUCAAAAAGGAUAAAGGCGACCAUAUUGUUCGCCACGGAAACUGGAAAGUCAGAAGCUUAUGCGCAAAAACUGGUGGAAAUAUUCGGCCAUGCCUUCAACGCCCAAAUUUAUUGUAUGUCGGAAUACGACAUUUCCAGUAUGGAACAUGAGGCUCUGCUACUUGUGGUAACUUCUACGUUUGGAAAUGGCGAUCCUCCAGAAAACGGAGAGGAUUUCGCGAAAAAUCUGUUCGCCUUGAAGGUUGCUGAAACUGAAGAUUCUAACAAUGCCCAAAAACUCAGUAUGGCUUCCUCGAAAUCUUUCAUCAAGGCGAAUAGCCAAACAGAAUUCACCGCUAUGAAAAAGUUAGAUAGGUUGGAUUCUCUAAAAGGAUCUACAAAUGAAACUUUGCUGGAGGACAAUUUUGGGCCUCUCAGCAACGUAAGAUUUGCCGUAUUUGCCCUUGGAUCAAGCGCUUAUCCCAACUUCUGCGCCUUUGGGCAAUAUGUGGAUAACCUUCUUGGAGAGUUGGGGGGAGAGAGACUGCUGAAAAUGUCGACGGGCGAUGAGAUGUGUGGGCAAGAACAAGCCUUCAGAAAAUGGGCACCGAAUAUUUUCAAGGUUGCUUGCGAAACAUUCUGCUUAGAUGAUGACGACACCUUGAAUGAAGCCACAAAAUAUCUCCAACUGCAAUCUCUCAGUGAGGGAACCGUUCGUUUUGUCAGUGGUAAAGCAGAAAGUCCGAAGGAGUCCUUAAUUAAGAUGCACAGUAAAGAGAUCCAUGGCACUAAGAUUCUAGGUAGGAUAAAUCUCCAUGGCGAGAAAGCCUCUAGAGCCACCCUGCUGGUCCGGUUCGAGAAAGUGAGCAUGACCUACAGUCCGGGCGACCAUAUGGGGGUGUUUGCGGUGAAUAGGGCAGAGAUCGUGGAUGGCAUCCUCGAGAGGUUGCAAGGAGUGGAUGAUCCGGACGCUCCUGUCGAAUUACAGAUUCUGCAGGAGUUACAGACGUCCAACGGCAUACAAAAGAAUUGGAAACAGCACGAAAAGAGACCAGUUUGCUCUGUGAGGGAGAUGUUUAUGCGAUAUCUGGAUAUCACAACACCACCAACACCGAAUCUUCUUCAAAAUUUUGCUUCCAUUGCGAACGAUGAGGAUCGCAAGAGACUAGAAAUGCUUGCUUCGGAUUCAACGGAAUACGAGGACUGGCGCCAUUAUAAUUUCCCAAAUUUGCUAGAAGUCCUUCAGGAGUUCCCUAGUGUGAAUCCUUUCGCUCCACUCCUCAUCGCUCAACUCCCUGUGUUGCAACCUAGGUUCUAUUCUAUUUCCUCCAGUCCUUUGAAACAUCUCAAGGAGGUGCAUCUUACUGUUGCCAUAGUUCAGUACCAUACGAGGGAUGGAACUGGACCAAGGCAUUACGGAGUAUGUUCGAAUUUCCUGAACGAAAUCAAAGUUGGAGAAGAAGUUUGGGUUUUCAUCAGGAGGGCCCCUAAUUUCCACCUCCCAGAAGACUUGAGUAAACCAAUAAUUGUUGUGGGACCAGGAACGGGUAUAGCGCCUUUCAAAGGGUUUUGGGAGCAUAGACACAUGUUAUCGUUGGAUAACCACAAACUUGGAAAAAUGCUACUAUUUUUUGGUUGUAGAACUAAGGAAUUGGACCUGUACAGAGACGAGAAAGCCGACGCUGUCGCUAGAAGAAUCAUCGACAAAACCUUUUUGGCCUUAUCCCGUGAACCUGGAAGACCUAAGAUGUAUGUUCAAAAUUUGAUACUUGAGAACGCAGCCGAAAUUUUCCGAAUACUCAUCCUGGAAGAGGGCCACUUUUAUGUGUGCGGUGACUGUACAAUGGCCGAAGAUGUAUUGAGAACACUCAAGGGAAUUAUACAAAAAUUCGGUAACCUGGAUGAAGUCAAAGUUGACAAAUAUCUUCUCAAGUUGAGAGAUCAAAAUAGAUACCAUGAGGACAUCUUCGGUAUAACAUUGAGGACUGCGGAAAUUCAUAAAAGUUCCAGGGAAUCUGCGAGACAGAGGAUGGCUUCAGAACCUUGAAAAAAUGGAAUAUAUCCAUCUAUAUAUAAGCAUAUUAUGAGGAAAAUGCAAUCUUCAAAAAAUUUCACAUUGUGAUACUAUCAGCUAAAUUGGCUGAAUAUAAUUAGGGGUGGUGUUUCAAGAAUUUUCAUAUAAAAAAUCUGUCGGUGCCUCUUUGAUGGAAUCCGAUUAUCAAUAAUAAAUCGCAAAUUUCCUGUAAUAUUCAUGUAGUAAUACAAUAUCCUAUUUUCCUUAUUCGUUCAGACUAUUUCUGAGCAGUCACUGAAAUAAAAGAAGGAUUCAAUUUCAUUGAUAUUGGGAAAUAUUAUAUAAUCAUAUUGCAUUUCGAUCAUAUUUACAGAACAGGGGAUUUUUCCAAAAACUUUUUUGCGCACUACUUAGAGUAUAAAUAUAAAUAUUAAUCAAACUAGGGAGCGAAUUUCUUGUACAUAACUGCACAAAGUUCAAUUUCAAUUCUAUAAAUUUUGAAAAAUCAGUUGAUAAUUAUUGUUGAUGUUGAAUUAAAAAUGUCAUCGAAUUUAUCUAAAGCAUAAGGGAAAAUGAAAUAAACAAAUUACUUCAA